AUGCCGCAGUCAACCGCGUGCUUCCAACCAACCCAGGCCGCUCUGGCGCCCAGACCGGCCCAGGCGCCUCGGCUGCGGCUGAAUGCAAGCUUCGGCUGGCAGUCGUGGGAGGGCGACCGCUGGUGGCGCACGAUGCGCGGCCAGGUGCCCGAGCUGGCUGCCCUGGGCAUCACGCACAUCUGGCUGCCGCCGCCCUCCGCCUCGGUCUCCACGCAAGGCUACCUGCCAGGACAGCUCUACAUGCUCAACAGCCGCUACGGCACGGGCGCCGAGCUGCGGGCGCUGUGCGCCGACCUGCUCAAGGCGGGCGUCAGGCCUGUGGCCGACAUAGUGAUCAACCACCGCUGCGCCGACGCCCAGGACGAGUCUGGCACCUGGAACAUCUACAGGGACAUGGUGCCGCACCCGGGCAAGAGCAUCGCGUGGGGCCGCUGGGCCAUCGCAGGCAGCGACAGGCAGUUCGGAGGGCAGGGAUCGCCGGACAGCGGCGAGGAUUACGGCCCCGCACCGGAUCUGGACCACACCAACCCCGAGGUGCGCGACAGCCUGGUGGACUGGCUCAACUACCUGCGCCUGUCAGUGGGCUUCGAGGGCUGGCGCUUCGACUUUGUCAAGGCGAGCUCGGGCGAGUAUGUGGAGCGCACGGUGGGGCCCGACGCCUUCUGCGUGGGCGAGCUGUUCCUGGACCUCAAGUGGAGCAACUCCUUCCUGGAGUACGGCCAGGAGGCGGCCCGCGGGCAGUUCCAGGACUGGCUGCGCGCCGCGCGGCACUGCUGCCUCUUUGACUUCCUCACCAAGGGCCAGCUGCAGGAGGCGGCCAAGCACCACGAGUACGACCGGCUGCGGGACGGGCAGGGGCGCGCCCCCGGCCUGCUGGGCGCCCGCCCCGAGCACUCCGUCACCUUUGUGGACAACCACGACACCGGCAGCAGCCAGCAGCACUGGCCCUUCCCGCGUGGCUUCCUGGGACUGGGGUAUGCCUACAUACUCACGCACCCGGGCAUGCCCUGCAUCUUCCACGAGCACCUGCAGGACAGCGGGCUGCGACAGGCAAUCACAGAGCUGGUGGCGCUGCGCAAGCGGGCGGGCAUCCGGUCUGACUCCAAGCUGGAGAUCCUGUGCGCCGAGCGCGACAUCUAUGUGGCGCGCUGCAAUGGCAACGUGGUGCUGAAGCUGGGCCCGCGCUUCGAUAUGGGCGGGCUGGUGCCCAAGGCGGCCGAGGGGUGGCGCCUGGUGCAGUCGGGGAACGACUAUGCUGUUUGGGAGAAGGCCGCCUGA